UUUAUCCUCUAUUGAACAAAGAAUCCCUACAGCGCCAGCGUUUUUCUUUUACUAGCUUUUACUCAUCGUUCUGGCAUUAAAUUAGGUUAGAGCGGAAAAAUUAAAUUAAAUUCACUACAUACACACACACCUCAGUUCCUACAAGCGAAUUCGCGAAAAAUUCUAUAAUCAGUCGCUGAGAAGUGUGAAACAAUCAUCGCAUCGAUCAUGACCACUUGGCUGCCAUUGGAAUCCAAUCCGGAGGUGUUGAACAAAUACCUCGGAAAACUUGGCGUUUCGCCGCUGUGGAAUAUCGUCGAUAUAUACGGUAUGGACGAUGAGUUGCUGGCUUUUGUACCAAGUCCGCUCAAGUCGUUGAUUUUCUUAUUUCCCUGCUCAGAUGCCUAUGAGGAGUUCCGCGCCAAGGAGGAUGCCGAGCUGAAAGCGAAAAACAUCGAGCACCCCAAGAGCCUGUUCUAUAUGCGCCAGUAUGUGCACAAUGCCUGCGGAACGAUUGCCUUGGCUCAUGCCUUGUUGAACAAUUCGGACAUUGAACUGGAGGAAGGUAGCGUGAUCAAGAAGUACUUUGAUGCUGGCAAGAAUAUGACUCCGGAAGAGCGCGGCAAGCUGCUGGAAAACGAUACCGGUUUUAUCGAGACGCACGAAAGCAUUGCCAACGAGGGUCAAACGGCGGCGCCGGAUAUCAACGAGAAAGUCUACCAUCAUUUCAUUGCAUUCGUUCAUCACGAAGGCAAACUAUACGAACUGGACGGACGGAAGAAUUUCCCCGUCGAGCAUGGCGAAACUACGCCGGAAAAUCUGCUGAAGGAUGCGAUCGCAGUUUGUAAGCAGUACAUUGCCCGUGAUCCGAAUGAAGUACGCUUCACUCUGCUGGGCCUGGUUCCAACGCAGUAGAUGAUUGUGUGUUCCUAACUUGGAAAUCUAAUACCAUGGAAGUCUGUGCUUGCUAGCUCGUAUGAUACGGCCAUUUAUCGAACGAAAAGGAUCUCGGAGACACUGGAAGAAGGUAAUUGCUUUAGAAUACUGGUUCUCGAAGGACUGGAGUAUUUUUGGAUUGAAUUGUUGCUUUUGUAAGUCAACGUUUUAAGGAUUGAAAUCCGCUUUUUUGGUGUGAAAGCUUUACGCACGAAUAAAUUUGAAUUCUGGC